AUGCCAGUUCCUCUGGUGGGAUAUGUUCCCUAUGACAAGUUUGUCUACUCUAUGUUUUCCAAAACUGCAAGGAGGUCUAGACUGUGUAUUCCCGCUUUACGGACAAGGAACGGUGCACUUUCUACUCUCAUGGGCGCAAUACAUUCUAUCCCACGAGAUUUUUCACUUCUCACACUGAGCUGCACUGCUUGUCUUUCUCUGAAGCUGCUGGAUGCCAUAACCUAUACAGCUUCUUCUGCACCUGUAACCUCCAGCUGGAGGCGCCUUAAUGCUUCUGACGCUUUCAUUUUUGACCAGGGCCUGCAAGCUAUCCACUCCAAAACGCAAACCGAAUGGUCCACCUCACCAUAUCUGAUUGCUAAGCUAUUCUGGGAUCUUGCUAACGCAACUGCUGAGCUCACGCAUUUCUUUUGGCGUGCUACUUUACCUCUCAAUGACCAUCCAGAAUUGCUACUGCCAGUUAACCCUUUAGUCUCCUGCCGGGAUCACACUCAAUCUCCUCUUGUACCCCUCCCAUUGCAAGGUAAACAAUGGCGUUUAUUUUGGGCCUUUCCCAUCUAUCACACAUCCCGGAACAUAUGGUAUUGGGCUAUACGUAACUCCCUGUCAUGUCAAUACAACCUCCACAGUCGUGCACCCACCAUAUUUGUCACUCCAAACUGUCCCAUUUGCUUGUCUGAGGUGGACACACUCUCUCAUUUUCUCUACCAGUGCCCACAGAAAUGGACGGUGUGGGAAACCGCAUGA